AUGCUUACCCAAACUGUCACCCAGCCUACACUCACCCUCCGUCCCGAGCCUACAGUGGUACAGGAAGAAGAGGACAUUGCAAAGUUCGACUAUGGACCGCCUCCACCCACAUUCGAGGACAAGCACGAGGAGCGCAAAUACCUCAAGGAACGGCUGGCACUUGCGUACCGCGUCCUCUCGCGCGAGUGUAACCCCGAAGGCUCAGCCGGUCAUCUGAGCGUGCGCGACCCCGUCGACCCGGCUUGUUUCUGGGUUAAUCCCUUUGGCCUUCACUUUUCGCGAAUGACCGCCUCCGACCUCCUGUUGGUCGACCACGCUGGCCGCGUCGUCGGGGGUGGUAGGCGGGGGAAGCAGACGUAUAACGCAGCGGCUUUCGUGAUCCACUCGGCGAUCCACGAGGCGCGUCCAGACGUCGCGGCCGUCGUGCACGCCCACACGCCGCACGGUAAGGCGUUCAGCACCCUCGGUCGUUCGCUGCCCUUCUAUACCCAGGACAGCGCCGUGUUCUGGAACGACUGCGCGCUGUAUGCUGCCCACGGCGGGGUUGUGCUUAGUGCCAAGGAGAGUGGCGAGAUUGUUGGCGCCCUCGGUAAGAAGAAGACUGUGAUUCUUCAGAACCAUGGCCUGCUCGCUGCGGGGGGGAGUAUCGAGAGCGCUGUGGCGUGGUUCAUGCUGCUCGAGAACGAGUGCCGCUGCGUACUGGCGGCCGAGUCUGCCGCUGCCAUGACUGGUCGUCCACCCGUGACGAUCUCGCCGUCUGUCGCCGAGUUUACGUGGCGCGAGACUGGGAGCGAGGAGGCCGGCCGCUUCGAGGCCCUGCCAUUCUUCGACCUCGUCGAGGAGGAGAGCGGGGGCGCGUACCGCGACUAG